UAGUACGCUUGACAGUGCUGUGGUUGCCGUGAUAGGCCUCGAAACCUCAAGCUUUCCCUAUAAAUACCUCAAUUAUAUAGCCAUUUUAUGUACUGCAAAGAUAAUAAGGUUUUGAAAAGAUGGAGCAGAAUGGUAAUUAUCCUCAUAGAAGAGGGAAAAAAGGAGGACUUGUCACAAUGCCUUUUAUAUUUGCUAAUGAGAUUAGUGAGAAGUUGGCUGUGGUGGGUUUCAAUACUAACAUGAUUAGCUACCUGACAACACAGCUUAACAUGCCAUUAACCAAAGCUGCUAACACUCUCACUAACUUUGGUGGAACUUCAAGUUUGACACCGUUGCUUGGUGCCUUCAUUUCCGAUUCCUUUGCUGGAAAGUUCAUGACUAUCGCCGCUGCUUCCAUUAUAUACCAGAUAGGUAUGAUUAGUUUGACAGUAUCAGCAGUACUUCCACAGUUAAGACCACCUCCUUGUAAAGGGGAAGAGAUAUGUAAGGAAGCAAGUGCAGGACAGCUGGCAAUUUUAUAUAUAUCACUUUUAUUAGGUGCAAUCGGGUCGGGUGGGAUCCGACCCUGUGUGGUAGCAUUUGGUGCUGAUCAAUUUGAUGAAUCGGAUCCAAAACAAACAACAAGGACAUGGAGAUAUUUUAAUUGGUACUAUUUUGUCAUGGGAAUAUCUAUACUUGUGGCUGUAACUGUUCUUGUUUAUAUUCAAGACAAUGUUGGAUGGGGAUGGGGCCUUGCAAUCCCCACUAUUGCAAUGUUCAUCUCAAUUAUUACAUUCAUUGCUGGAUAUCCACUUUACCGGAACUUGAACCCGGAAGGAAGCCCGUUUACCCGACUAAUAAAAGUGGCUGUGUCUGCGUUUCGGAAGAGGAAGUUACCAAAUGAGUAUAACUCUAAGAUGUUGUAUCAAAAUGAUGAAGUUGAUGCCCCUAUUUCUUUGGGAGGGAAGCUGAUUCAUUCAGAACAGUUUAAAUUUUUGGACAAGGCAGCAAUUGUGACAGAGGAAGAUGAUAUGAAAACACCAAACUUAUGGAGGCUAUCGACAAUUCACAGAGUUGAGGAAUUGAAGUCAAUAAUCAGGAUGGGACCAAUAUGGGCAUCAGGCAUCAUUCUAAUAACAGCUUAUGCCCAACAAAGCACAUUCUCACUCCAACAAGCCAAAACAAUGGACAGACAACUCACGAAAUCUUUUCAAAUUCCAGCAGGGUCCAUGUCUGUAUUUACUAUCCUAUCCAUGCUCACCACCACUGCCCUCUACGACCGCGUCUUAAUCCGUGUAGCUCGUAGAUUCACUGGACUCAACCGCGGUAUAAGCUUCCUUCACAGAAUGGGGAUUGGGUUUGUAAUCUCAAUCUAUGCUACAUUAGUUGCUGGUUUCAUUGAAAUGAAGCGAAAAAAGGUAGCUAUGGAUCAUGGACUAACCGAGCACUCCCAUGAAAUAAUCCCAAUCUCAGUGUUUUGGCUUGUGCCACAGUAUAGCCUUCAUGGAAUAGCUGAAGCUUUUAUGUCCAUUGGGCAUUUAGAGUUUUUCUAUGAUCAAGCACCGGAGAGUAUGACAAGCACUGCAAUGGCGCUAUUUUGGACCUCGAUUUCACUUGGCAACUAUUGUAGUACACUUUUGGUUGCCUUGGUACACAAGUUUACUGCAGGGCCUAAUGGUUCUAAUUGGCUUCCUGAUAAUAACCUCAACAAAGGGAAGUUGGAUUACUUUUAUUGGCUCAUCACACUCCUUCAGUUUAUAAAUCUCAUUUACUACUUAAUUUGUGCUAAAAUGUACACAUACAAGCAAAUUCAAGUCUAUGACAAAGGGGAUAAUAGUUCAGAAGAUAUCCAAAUUGAACUUGGUACCAGAGUUUAGGUGGAAUUUUACAAAGAUUGUUCAUGACUUGCUUAGAUUUGGAUUGUAGAGGUUAGGUGAUCAUGUGCCAUGAGUAAUUGCUAUUAUACACUAGAUAAUAGUACUAUAUAUUAAUGUAUGCAUGAGCAUACUGUACAUUUGCCAAACGCAUAUGUAAAAUAAAUUAUAACUAUAUCACUACCGAAUAGUUGAUCUAAUGUAUCCAACCAAGAUUAUGCUAAUAUCAUUGUUCAAAGCCUUUUUUAUA